GCGAUGGUGGAGGUAGGCUGAUGGCGGCGCAGGAGGCGCUGCUCUGAGGAAGCCCAGGGAGCCUGUCCCCAUCCCGGCCACUGCUGCUUUCGCCAUGGGCAACGAGGCCAGUCUGGAGGGCGGGGGAGCCGAGGGGCAGCUGCCCCCCGGUCCCGCCGCCGGCCCCUCCACAUCGCCUGGGAGCGUCAAGCCGCCUUCAGCACCAGGCAGCGGCGGACAGCUCCCCCCGGGCAGGAUUCCAUCCGCCGCACCGGGCCCCGCGCAGCCGCACGGACCCUCCGCCAGCACACCAAGAAGACCAGAUCAAUCGGACCCCUCCUUUGGACGGAGAGCAGCUUCCCCAUCCCCCAAACAGGCUGCUCAGACCAGCGAAAGCACAAGGGAGAUGAGGAGUCAGCGACAGACCACCCAACAGUCUGAUGGGCCGAGGAGGACUCUCCAAGUGGAGAGCAGGGACCAGAGAACAGGACGUUCACCAUCUGUGUCACCUGAUCGAGGCACCACCCCUACCUCACCUUAUUCUGUCCCACAAAUUGCACCCCUUCCCAGCAGCACACUCUGUCCUAUAUGCAAGACAACAGAACUCACCUCUUCUCCCAACCAGCCAAACUUCAACACCUGUACACAGUGUCACAACAAGGUCUGCAAUCAAUGUGGAUUCAACCCCAACCCUCAUCUGACUGAGGUGAAAGAAUGGUUAUGUUUGAAUUGCCAGAUGCAGAGAGCUUUGGGGAUGGACAUGACCACAGCGCCCCGUUCCAAAAGCCAGCAGCAGCUACAUUCCCCUUCACUUUCCCCUGCCCCUUCCCCAGCCAAACAGCCACAGCCCCAAGUGGCAACAGGCCCAGAGAAACAAUCAGGAACUAUGCAGCCAGGGCCCAGGCCAAGUGCUGGUGUCAUGCAGCCUGAGACCCCCAAACCUCCCCCAGCUUCAACACAGAAGGAACCAUACAGCCAAGUCCAGCCAAAACCUGCUGCUCCUCAGGAAGUGGUGAGGUCUUCCCCACAGCAUCAGCGAGCAAAGCCUUCAUCCACUGAUCAGAGAAAGACUGUAGGAGACUCCCCAGCUAAGACUCCAGUCCCUCCUCCCACUGCUGGGGCACAAGAGCAACCCCAAGAGGGCCUCACUGGUAAGCUCUUUGGAUUUGGGGCUUCUCUCUUGACCCAGGCAAGCACACUCAUGUCUGUCCAGCCAGAGGCCACCCCACCAAGUCAGCAGUCCCCUGGCAAAGUGCCUCCCAAAAUUGUCUUCAGUGAUGCCAGUAAAGAAGCUGGCCCUAAAGCCCCAGGCACCACUCCUGGAAUGCAGGGUAAGGCUGGAGCUAUCCCAGCUGCAAAGCAAGUGAAACCAGAGCAAGUAAUCAAGCCAAAGGAAGUGCCGAAAGAAAGGGUCUUGUGCCCCCUCUGUAAAGCAGAGAUCAAUGUGGGCUCCAGUAAACCCUCCAACUAUAAUACCUGCACAUCCUGUAAGCAGCAGGUCUGCAACAUGUGUGGAUUCAACCCAACACCUCAUCUGGUGGAGAUAAUCCCAAAACUGAGAGGACCGCCAACUUGUUUCCUGGUGUGGUAUAACAAUUUUAUUCACUCUGCUUUCUGAGCCUGAAGAGAUGUUGUUGCCCGCUGUCUGGCAUGCUGAACAGGAAAGAACUCAAAUGAUUUUCUGCUUCCCUUU